GCCUCUUAAAGUUAUGUGCAACCACAUCUCUAUACGCGGCUGGAUAACGUCGGGUAAAUUUUCUAUGUCACAGAUUCGCUGUUCAUGAUAUCAACUCUUAAACAGAAGUGAACUGAUUAUCAGUGUAGGAAAGAACAGUGUUAUUACUGGUCGCUUCACGUUUCAUCAGCCUUAAAACAAAGAUUAGUGAAGUUUGUUAAUAUUCGUCGGGAAAGUGUAUACACAGGAAUGGAUCUGUUGCCGCUGUUCGACGACAAUCAGGCAUUUGACCAUGCAUACCACAGCAUGGACACUAUUAUGGUAUCAGAAGACUCAAUUCUAACUGCAGACGACAGCUUCAUCGGCCUUCUAGCAGACGAAAAUGACGACGAACUCUUUGGUCUUUCUCUGCUAGAAAACAAUCACGAUCUUAUCGACAUUAUGGCCCCGUUGAUCGAUCCGACGCCAUUUUCGCCGAUCCCGUGUGAUGAUUUCGACGUCAUGAACGCUUGCAACGACACGACUUCUGAACUUGCGUAUGAACGGUCAUCGCAAAGAGCGGAUGUGAUGUCACUCAGACAACUCUUGCAAACAAAAAGGAGCGAUUCAAACAAAACUACAUCGAGCGAUGCUAUUUCUAUUAAACCUUCUAAAAGAUGUCGACGCUUGAAAUCAAAUAAAACGCUGAAUUCUGACUUUGUGCUACCACGGCGAUCAUCUCAAAUGAAAGUGCAUCACAAACCGAUUCUCCUUGCUGAUGUUACCUCUGAAAUUAUUCCAGAGAAGCCUGCGUCGAAAGCGCUCAAGUUUCCCCCAUGUGCUGUUUGCGGGGGCAACGCCUCCGGGCUUCAUUACGGGGUUAACAGUUGCGAGGCUUGCAAGGGGUUUUUCCGACGUUUUAUAAUUAGAAACGAAGAGUACAAGUGUACCAGGGGAGGUAACUGUAAAGUGGUGAAUAAAAACCGCGAAAAUUGCUCUGGGUGUCGCCUUAAAAAGUGCCUUGAACUUGGAAUGUCAAAGGAGAAUUCAAAAUUGGGACGAUAUUCUCUAUCCCGACGCACGGAGACAAUAAAGAAAGUGAACGUUCUAGAGGGCAAGGAGCGAAAUGAGAGGGGAAAGAAAGAUGCCAUAAAAGAUGUAGCAGGCCCUUUUCAGUUCGACCACACGUAUAGCGGAAGUAAGAACAAUUGCAACACGCUGCAGGAUUUCAUACCUGACGACAUGUCACCGGAAGCGAUAAUCGAAGAGCUCGUCUCUGCUAUGGAGGAAAUAAAGCCAUACGGACCAUCAAUCGUGACUAAAAGUGACAUCGACACCGUCAUAAAAUACCACCAUGAAAAGUACAAGUCUAAGCUCCAACUGUACAGCGAAAUGAAGUCAAUACCGCGAGACGAAUGUUACAAAUACCUUAAAGACCAUGGUAUAGACGUCGACGACAGAAUCAAAAUAUUUAAAGAAUACGUCUUAAAAAUCAAGCGCAUUUCCGAGCGGUACUACAGCUUUGCGAAAACCAUUCCAGGUUUUAAGAAACUAGAAUCACGUGACCAGUCAAACCUGCUCAAUGCGUCAAGGAGUGAUUUCUUCAUAACGCUGAUGCACGAGGGAUAUGACGCUGAAUGCGAUAUAUUCUUAGCCAGAAAUGGCGUGGCGUAUCAUGUCGAAGAAAUAGCUGACAAAUUCUUUUCAAGCUCGCUUAUUCGCCAUAUCACAAAUGCGUAUCACAGAAUACAAAAACUCGAGCUGACUAAGGAAGAAAAGGCAUUACUUGUGUCGUUGACCAUUGUAUUCACGGAUAGAUGUAAGCUGGAAAAUCCGGAAUAUGUCGACAAGAUGCGGUACAUUGUGUCGGAGCUCAUUCGUUUUCAACUUGAUCGUACAGUCGGAAAGAACGCAGGUCGGAGAUUCGCGAAGUUUGUAGACUGCCUCGUUUAUCUCCGUGACGUUACGGAACUGUACUGGCGGGAAUACAAACAACUCUGCAAGGAUGACGUAAUCGUGGAGCACGUUCCCAUGGUGAAGGACUUUCUAGCAGACGACUGGUGAAAAUUGACAAUAGGUUUGGUGCUUUUGAUCAAAUGUAUUUUUGUAAUUAUUUCAUGAAAGCUCAAAUUUCGCAUUUUCAUUCUGAUGAAUGGGUGUCUUUGACGUGAAAUCCGAAGACUAUUCGAGUGAACUUGCACUGUUUCUGUGUUGCACAUUCUUUCAGUCAACAAAGUUAUAUGCAAUAGAAUUUGUGAAAUUUA